AUGCCACACCAUGACUUCCAGCUUCUGUGGAACUCAGACACUUCCACAAAGACUAGCAUUUCUGGAAACCUGUUAGUGCUGGUCUGCACGGUCUUUAUGGUUGUGGCCAUGUGUGGUCCAGAUCAUCGACAUCCUUCAAAAAGCCGGCUGUGCUGUGUUGAGGUCACCUCCCUCGACAUGAGUGUUGAGGUGGUGGGAGAAACGUAUCGUGAGCAGGCUGCAGCACACUUCUGUGUGAAGGCUAUAAUUUUCAACACAGGUUAUGGAAAACUGUGUGCUGAUCCAAAAGCUCAGUGGGUCAAGAACCUCAUCGCCAACAUGACGAAGGUGUGAAUUCUGUGGUGAACCAUCGCUGCCUCUCUGCUAACUUUCUUAUAUUUUUUCUUUGCAUUUAUAAGUUACUUUUUUCACUCAUAUUCUG